GAUGAAGAUGCCAUCAUUGAUGUGCUUGCCUACCGUAAUGUGUCACAGCGCCAGGAGAUCAAGAUAGCUUAUAAGUCAACCAUUGGCAGGGAUUUGAUCAGUGACUUGAAGUCGGAACUGAGUGGAAACUUUGAGAAAGUGAUUGUGGGAAUGAUGAUGCCCACUGUGCUGUAUGAUGUGUCUGAGCUGAAAAGGGCCAUGAAGGGUGCUGGCACAGAUGAGGGUUGCUUGAUUGAAAUUUUGGCUUCCCGGACCCCACAGGAGAUCCGACAGAUCAAUGCGGUCUACCAACAGGAAUAUGGAAGAACUCUUGAAGAUGACAUUUGCUCUGAUACUUCCUUCAUGUUCCAGAGAGUGCUUGUAUCUCUUUCAGCGGCUGGAAGAGAUGAAGGAAAUCACCUAAAUGAUGACCUCGUGAGACAGGAUGCCAAGGACCUGUAUGAGGCUGGUGAGCAGAGAUGGGGGACAGACGAGGUGAAAUUCCUGUCCAUUCUCUGUUCUCGGAACAGAAAUCACCUACUUCAUGUGUUUGAUGAAUAUAGGAGGAUUUCCAAGAAGGACAUUGAGCAGAGCAUUAAAUCUGAGACAUCAGGCAGCUUUGAAGAUGCUUUACUGGCAAUAGUAAAAUGCCUGAGGAAUAAAUCUGCAUAUUUUGCUGAAAGGCUCUACAAAUCAAUGAAGGGCUUAGGCACGGAUGACGAUACCCUCAUCAGAAUCAUGGUUUCCCGUUCAGAGAUCGACAUGUUGGACAUAAGAGAAUGCUUCAAGAGAAACUAUGGAAAGUCUCUAUAUUCUUUCAUCAAGGAUGAUACAUCAGGAGAUUACAGGAAGGUUCUCCUCAUCCUCUGUGGAGGCGAUGAUUAAUAUUCAGUCUACGCUGGAUUGAAAUGAGUUAAGAGCCCAAGAUUUAUGCUGGUUUUAUUAUUAUUAUUUGGCUUCAUUUUUCUAUAAGGCUAUUUAGAAUUCACUCAAAAGGCUUAUUGUCCAUUAAAAAUACUGUAGUUAUUUCUUGCUAAGAAUUAUCAGCAAUUGCUCAGUGAUUUUGAUGUAUUUACAUCUUGUUUUCAUAUUUUUAAGUUUGUUAACUCAGAAAAACUUUUAAGAGAUUUUUUUCAAUGCUAUUUCCAGACAAAUGAGAAGAUUCAAUAAAAAAUAUUUUAUUGAUGAUUUUUUUUUUGUUUUUCACAUAACCAUUCAAUAUUGUUUGAAAUUUUCCUGCUUGGUAGAUAGUUGUCCAUGCAGAAAAUUGGGAGCUUGACAGAUGGUCUGCUUUCACACAGCUUUACUCAGCCUCUUCCCCAAAUUCUACUACUUCGCCUCAAGAACAGCUUUUUUAUUUGAGUGUUGUGGGCUGGACAUUGGUAAAAAAGAAAAAAAAAACCCAACACCCUACCAUUCUAUCUUUUCACAUAAUUAUAGAAAGAAAAUUCUGCUCUUAUUUUUAUGGUAGGGUUGUAUCUAGUAAUAACACAUCUGAGGGAGGACCUGGCAUGGUGGCUCCUGCCCGAAUUCCCUAAUACUAGGGAAGGCUGAG